AUGUUCGAAGAGAAAGUCAUCGUUGGCGUGGCUUCGGCCUUCUCGACCCUCGCUGUCGUCGCCUGCCUCGUCGUCAUCCCCUCGUUGUACAACACCAUCAACGAGGUCCACGAUGAGGUUCUUGAUGGCGUCAGCGUCUUCCGCGUCGAGACCGACUCUGCCUGGACCGAGAUGAUGGACAUCCAGAUCACCGUCACCCCACCAAGCAAGCCCCGCGUCAACCCCUUCAACAGCAUCUUCCGUCAGAAGCGUAAUGACUUCUCUGGACUCCCAGCCUUCUGCCAGUGCGAGCCCACCAAGCCAACCUGCCCACCAGGACCCCCAGGACCCCCAGGACAGGCCGGAGCUCCAGGUAAAUCUUGCUUUAUUAUUCGAAUUUCGGUUAUUUCUCAUCAUUUUUUAAUUUUGAGAUACUUCGUAGCGGAGGGAUAAUUAGUGUCAAUGUCCAAGUUAUAUUUUGAGAACCUCAUAAUGAUUCGAAAAAAACACUUAAUAUUUUAUAGAAAAAGAUCUCCGCAGACACAAAAGUUUCAAAAUUACAAAAUAUUUAUUACAGGACAGCCAGGAGCCGCCGGAGCCCCAGGAGAGGACAACACCUCCACCUACGCUCCAAUCAACUGCCCACAGAAGGCUCCAGGAUGCGUCUCCUGCCCAGCCGGAGCUCCAGGACCAGCCGGACCAGCUGGACCAGCUGGACCAGCCGGACCUGACGGACAGCCAGGAGCCCCAGGAAACAACGGACAAGACGGACAGCCAGGACAAGCCGGUCCCGACGGAGAUGCCGGAGCUCCAGGAGCCCCAGGAUCCGAUGGACAGCCAGGAGCCCCAGGAAAAGACGGACAGCGCGGAAGCGGAGCUCCAGGAGCCCCAGGAGCCCCAGGAAAGGCCGGACCAGCCGGAGCUCCAGGAGCCCCAGGAAACAACGGAAGCGACGGAGAACAGGGACCAGCUGGACCAGCUGGACAGGAUGGAGCUCCAGGCAGCGCUGGAUCCGACGGACACGCAGGAACCAGCGGAGGACCAGGUCUUCCAGGAAACGAUGCCGCCUACUGCCCAUGCCCACCACGCAGCGCCGUCUUCGUCUCUCGCUUCGCUCACUAA